GCAAACAUCUAUAAACUCUGUGUUUAAUUCAGGAAGGCAUCCUUCACCCAGAGACUGCUGCUGCUGCUGCUUGGAUUCAUCACAACAAGAUGACGUCACGUCUGCUCUUCCUGCUGCUCCUCGGAAAUAUGUUUUGUGAAGCUUUCGGUACAAAUCAUUUCAUCCUAUGUGAGAAUUCAACGAUCCAUCCGAUGUGUGAUGCAGGAUGGAUCAUCUACGUGGAUUCUGCUGACUAUGGACGUCAUGACUCAACCACCUGCUCCUUUGGACGUCCUCCAUCUGAGCUCCAAAACACCUCCUGCUCCACUCUCGCUGAUGUUGUUGCUGAAAACUGUACUGGGGAAAACAGCUGCAGCAUCACAGCAAGUAACGAUGUUUUUGGAGACCCCUGCGUGGGAACCUUCAAGUACCUGGACGUGACCUACGAGUGUACCUUUUGGUUCUUGCCCUGAAAUUGAAUCAAGCAACAAGUUUGAGUCUCAGAAGAAACUUAUUUUUUUACAAACUAAUAUUAGACUUAAGGUGCAGUUUGGGUUUUUUAUCUGGAGCGUUUUACUGCAUGAUUGAAUUUUUCUGCACAUACCGAUAUCUAUGCCAAAGCUAAUAAAAAUGAAUGUUUGUUCAAAAAAGAAAACGUUUGAAAGUGA